AGUGUCCCGGAAGUACGAAGUAACGUCCAAACUGUUUUAAAUCGCUGAUUCACGGAUAUGGCAACUAGACAAGAAGAAGAGCUGAGCUUAUUUGAGUUAGCCAGUACCAAAUUAGCAGACGCACAGAAGCUUAUGGCAGAAGCUCGCGACUUACUCAAGCAAGACCUCAACAAUGCAAGACAAGAAAAGUCAGCCAUCGAAGAAAUCACAAAAACCUUGAAUGAAGUGCACUUUGCUAGCACGAUCAAGUUGAACGUUGGCGGUAAGAUUUAUAAAACAACACUGGACACUCUGAGAAAGGAUCCGGAUUCCAUGCUGUGUGCGAUGUUUUCUGGAAGGUUCGAGUUAAAAGCGGACGAAGACGAUGGAGCAUAUUUUAUCGACCGCGAUGGCAAACUCUUCCGGUAA